AUGGAUGAUACCAGGGACAGUGUCGCCCACGCCUCAAGGCCCGUUAACGUUUCUCUCCUCUACGAGCCCGACGAAUCUUCGCAGAAGCGUAACAGCUACCGCCGCCACUCCAUGAAUGCGCAAUCGCCCGAAUCGUCGCAAGCCAUGUCCGCCAUGUGCCUCUGGCGUCGCCCGCGCAUCUUCAUCACAUAG